CCGGCCCAGCCGAGGCAGCGGAGCCAUGGCGGCCGGGCCCCCCGGCAGCCUCCCCCCGCUCCUGCUGCUCCUGUCGCUGCUCUGCCUGCGCGGCCGCGGGCAGAGCUUCGGGCAGACGCGCUUCAUCUGCACCUCGGUGCCGCUGGACGGGGACAUGUGCGCCGCCUCCGCCCCGGGCACCGGCUCCGCCGAGGAGCUGAAGAGCACGGUGCUGCAGCUGCGGGAGACGGUGCUGCAGCAGAAGGAGACCAUCAUGAACCAGAAAGAGACCAUCCGGGAGCUGACGGCCAAGCUGGGCCGGUGCGAGAGCCAGAGCGUGCUGGAGGGGCUGCCCGGCGAGCCCAAGGGCGGCGGGGCCGGCAGGAAGCCCGGCUUCGCCAAGAACACCAUGGGCGACCUGUCGCGGGCACCCGCGGCCGAGACCCUCAGCCAGCUCGGGCAGACGCUGCAGUCCCUCAAGACCAGGCUGGAGAACCUGGAGCAGUUCAGCAGGAUGAACUCCUCCAGCCAGACCAACAAUCUGAAGGACAUCCUGCAGAACAAAAUCGACGACCUGGAGAAGCAGGUGCUGUCGCGGGUGAACAGCCUGGAGGAGGGCAAGUUCAACCCCAAGAACGAGUCCGAGGAGCGCGGCAAGAUCGAGAGCACCCUCACCUCGCUGCACCAGCGCAUCAGCGACCUGGAGAAAGGCCAGAAGGACAACCGGCCCCCGGACCGGUUCCAGCUCACCUUCCCGCUGCGCACCAACUACAUGUACGCCAAGGUGAAGAAGAGCCUGCCCGAGAUGUACGCCUUCAGCAUCUGCAUGUGGAUCAAGUCCAGUGCCUCCCCCGGCAUGGGCACCCCCUUCUCCUACGCUGUGCCCGGGCAGGCUAACGAGCUGGUGCUCAUUGAGUGGGGCAACAACCCCAUGGAGAUCCUCAUCAAUGACAAGGUGGCCAAACUGCCCUUUGCCAUCAACGACGGCAAGUGGCACCACAUCUGUGUCACCUGGACCACCCGGGACGGCGUGUGGGAAGCCUACCAGGACGGCACCCAGACCGGCAGCGGCGAGAACCUGGCGCCCUACCACCCCAUCAAGCCGCAGGGCGUCCUGGUCCUGGGCCAGGAGCAGGACACGCUGGGCGGCGGCUUCGACGCCACACAGGCCUUCGUGGGGGAGCUGGCCCACUUCAACGUGUGGGACCGGCGGCUGAGCCUCGGGGAGGUGUACAGCCUGGCCACCUGCAGCACCAAGGCGCUCGCGGGCAACGUCAUCGCCUGGGCCGAGGCCAACAUCGACAUCUACGGUGGGGCUACCAAGUGGACUUUCGAGGCCUGUCGCCAGCUCAACUAGAGCCAGGGACAAGCCGCACAAACCCCCUCAUCGGGUUCUUUUUCUUUCUCCUCCUUUUUUUUUUGUGCGCAAAACCAACCGAGAGCGAAGCCGCCCGUCCCGUCCCGUCCCGUCCCCAGGAGCGGGGCUGCCCCGGCAGGGGGCUCCCCCCGGCCCCGCCACCCUCCGGUUUCCGUCUUGCCAACGUCCUUCAACGCCUGCGUGCCUUGGCCUGGCGCGGCUGCGCCCCCUCCCUGCCGCCCCCCGACUUCCCCGGGCCCGGCCCCCGCUUUGCUGCCGCCUCCCUGCACGGGGGGGGGGGUCCCGCUGUCCCCGGGCACCGGCGCCUUAAAGGGCUGCGGGCCCCGGAAGGGACCCCCCACAUGGGCUCCUCUUCACCCCCCAGCCUGAAGCCCCCCCGGGAGGGCGAACGCCCCCAGAGCCGGGGAGGGUCGCAAACUGCAAACAUCGGCCCCUCCUCGGUUGUUUUCCCUCCCGGGGAUACGGCAGCGACCGGGACUCUGAGGAGGGGACAGACCCCCCCGUUUCCCACCCUCGGGUAACCCGGGAGCCCCCCUUUGCCCCCUUCCCCGGCCGGCGCCGCUCCCCAGCAGCACAGCCAUAGCCCCGGGCUGCGGCGGGCACCGCGACGGCCCCGCGCCGGCCUCGCUCCCCGACCUGCCGCACUCAGGUACGUGUCCCGCUCCCCUGCCCCCGCCUCCUGCAGCCCCCCGAGGCCUCCUCCACGCCGUAGCUGGUGAAAAAGAGCCUUUACCCUCCCCGGGAAGUUUAGCUCCCACUGAAGAGUCUGAAGCCUUUCUGCUUUUGAUAACACUGUUGUUUCUCUUACUGUAAAGGGAAUUUAUUACCAAUUGAAAAAAAAAAGGGUAUUUUUAUGAAGAUAAAAAAAUAUAUAUAGAAUCAAGCAGUGCUCCCUGAGGAAAGAAAAACAAAGUACUUUCAGAUUCUGCAGGAAAAAAAAGAGAUAAAGAAGCGUAUUUUGAGAUACUAGAUGCAUUUUGUAUGGUUUCCUUUUCUAAACUCCUGGUUUGUACUACAGAUUGCAGAAAUCACCCCCAGCCCCCCCCCUCCCUCCCCCCAACUGACCCCCGAGGGCUGCCCUGAGGAUGAGGCAGAGAAUUCACCCAGGGCUCCAGAGCAUCCCCCUCCCACCGCCUCCAACGCCGUGGCAGAGCCGUGCCGGGAGCUGCGGGGAGCCGGGACGGGCGCAGCCCCGGCCGGGAGCGCAGAGCUGCGGGGAGCCAGCGCCCAGAGCAGCACAGGCACCGACCCCCUUCCCCCCCGCCCGAGGUCCCUCCCUCCCAACCGUGGCUCAGGGCAGCGUCUUUUAAACUGUGCUCUUUUUAAGAAGCCAACCGCGGCGAGUUAACGCCGGCUCCUCCCCAGAGCCCGUCCCCAGCAGCGGAGCAACAAGCACAAGGCGCCGGGCAGCUGCCCCCUGCCCCGGCUGAGCCGCAGCCCCACGCGCGCCGCGUUUGCCAAAAACAACAGCGAAGGGUGUGAUGUCGACACGGUGUACAUAGUGUAUCAUAGGGGUGAGAGUCACCUUCUCUUGGUUUGUCAUUCUUUCGCUAACCAAAGCUGUACAUGGUCCCUGUCCCCUGCUGUCCGUCCCCUCGGGGUUUGGAAUGGGUUCCGCUGUCCCGCAUCCGCAGGUCUGAAAUGCACUGUUUCUACUCAUGCUUUUGCCAUUUUACUGCCGAGAUUACAUGAAU